UGGUUAUUGGUUACACUUACAGCUUACAGACGUAAAACUUCUCUUUAUUUAGGUUAUGUUACCAGGAGCUCUUUAAAAAUAUUUUAUCAAUAUUUUAGUUUUAACAGCACAAAAUGCUCUUUUAAAAUGUUUAUGAUUUUCAAUAAAAUGUCGUUAGCAAUAAAAUUCACUUUAAAACAGGCAUUGCCUGUGGUGAGUCGUACAAGUGCUAUUUUUCAAAAUGUUUAUAAUUAUAGCUCCAAAGCAACAUCACAAGAAAAUGUCUAUAAUACUUUUACGGAUUGGGAAAGUUUAAACAAGAAGAAAAAGAUAAGCAAAGCUAUGAAAGCCUACUUAGAAAGAGCUAAAGAACACGACGAAUUCAUGAAGAAACAACAAUUUGAAUAUAACAUUGGCAAAAGGCAUCUCGCUAAUAUGAUGGGCGAAGAUCCGGAAACAUUCACUCAAAAAGAUGUUGACCGUGCUAUUGAAUACUUGUUUCCCAGCGGCAUUUACGACCCUGCUGCACGACCUUUAAUGAAACCGCCCGAAGAAGUCUUUCCUGCGCGAAAAGCGGCCGAAUUUGACGAAGCUGGGCGGCCACAUCACUUUUUGUUUUAUACCGGCAAGCCUAACUUUUUCAAAUUAUUGUAUGAUGCCUCAGAACACAUUCAAGACUUGUAUAAGUUUGAGGAUAAAGUUAGUAGAAAGAAAGAGGUAGCUGAUGCAAAUUCAAAGUUAGAGCUAUCAUCUAGUGUUUGGAUAACUAAAGAUGAACUGGAACAAAUUUUAGUUGAAACUAUAACGGACUUAGAAUACGAUAAUUUUAAAUUAGUCAUGGAGAGGCUUGUUUCUUUGCCAUAUUCUUACAGAGUUAAAGAGUUUGUUGAGAAGUUUAGAAAACCAUUAGCAACUCAAAGAUUUGCUUUAGAAAUCCCUAAACCAAGUUAUGAUGAAAAUGGAGUUGCUUUUGUAACUACAUAUGAAUGUUUGCGCAAGAAAGCUAGAGGAGAUGUCACUAUUAAGUCACCAGGUACUGGAAAAAUUACAAUUAAUGGUCAAGACUUGACUUACUUUGAGGAUGUACAGUCAAGAGAGCAAGUAAUAUUCCCAUUGAUAUUCACUGAAAUGCAAGACAAAGUAGAUGUGGUAUGUAACAUAGAAGGGGGUGGUCCAUCAGGACAAGCGGGCGCCAUAAGGUGGGGAAUAGCUUGGGGAUUACGUAGUUUUGUUGACAAGAAUAUGUUAGAAGCCAUGCAAGUAGCUGGCUUACUAACAAGAGAUCACCGACGUCGUGAACGUAAGAAGCCGGGUCAACCAGGUGCAAGAAAGAAACCUACUUGGAAAAGAAGAUAGUGGAUGGAUUUAUUCUCAUAUUAGUUGUUAAAAUAAAAGAUUAGAUGUGCUUUGUA